UGGUCAAAUUUAAAAAUACGACAGCUAUGUAGCGCGGGAUUUUUACCCACUUGUGAUUUGCCUUACAGUUUUAUGCUUUUAUUAUAAUUCGUGAACUCUUUCUGAUCAUGCAAAGUGCAGUACAAGAUGCCUAAAAUAUUGAGUCUAAAAAAGUCUCAACAGGCUGCUCCUCCGAAGAACCAAAAACCCAUUACGCAGUUUUUCAAGCAGGCCAAUGCAACUGCCUCGCAGAAUCCGAAAAAUGUUCCCGCUAAAAGCCAGUCUUCCCAAGUAAAUGGAGUGGAGAAAACAUGUAUCAAAAGAAAGGCAUCUUCGCCAGUAAUCUUAGAUAGCAUGGAAUUUGUUGGUGAUGAUUGCACCGAUAAUGAUUUAAGUACGAAUUCUAGACAGGAUAAUAGGGUAUACACUUCAAAAAAGCUUAAAUGUAAUGCUGAUAGUACACAAAAGUCUCCUUUAAAGAAUGGAUUGAUUAAAAAGUCACCAAUGAAGGAAAAUCACGGCAGGAUUCAACUGUCUCCUAAGAAAAAUGAUGAUCUUAAUGCAAAUAGUGAAGAUUCUCAAAAUAGUAAAAUGGGAGUAAAAGAUAGAUUGCCACUGACUCCUAUAAAAAUUACAGCAAAUAGAGAUGAAGGAAAUAAUAGUCAAAUAAGCUGUAAUAGUGCCAGUGAUCAUAAAUCAAGCUGUAUAGAACAAGACAAUCAUGUUGAAAAAAAAAUUACUCCUAAAAAGAUUUUACAAUUUGAUGACUGUGAUAAAGAUAUCAAAAAUGAUAGAACCCCAAAGAAAAGCCCUGCAAAAGUUGGAGAACUGCAAACUGCCAGAAUAAUUUCUUUAAGAACUCCUGAUAAAGUUGGUCACAAUGAGCUGUCUCCAUCUAAGAGUGGCUCCACUGUUAAAACCCUCGAGUUCAGUCCUGGAACUCUUGACGGGUUUGGUGACCAGUGGGAUUUUGAUGAUGUUGCUGAGGAUUGUGCUGAAGACUUGGACCUGUCAAUCAUGCAGAGGUGUGAAGUACUGUCGGUGACACAGCAUCAGGGCAGACUGGAACUCAGACUGAAGAAUGCCAGCAGCAACAGGGGCACUUGCUAUGUUGAAGGAGUAUGGCUAGACACGCCGAUAUCUCCCGGCGAAGUGAUCAGUGUGAUCGCCUCUCGCAACUCCUCUGGUCAGUUCUACGUGGGCAACGCUGCAGGGCUGAUCUCCUUACGACCCGACCACCUGAUGUCGUCCACCAGUGUCGUCGCCGGGGUGUUUUGUAAGAGGAAGGCGGUUUUACAAGAGCGAUGGCGGGGAAUAGACGCCGGGAAUAAUGCUAUGACAAUAGGAAUAUUAAUUCACGAGUUAGUGCAAAAAGCUCUCACACAAAACAUCAUGGACUAUGCAAAACUACGCACAGAAGCAGACAGUAUCAUAAAGGAUUCCGUACAAAUGCUCUACGACUCGGGACUUAGUGAAGAAGAAGCGAGCUCUACUAUGCAGAUAUACCUCCAACCAUUGGCUGACUUCAUGCAGACUUAUGUAGCUAAAUCUCCUCUUAGUAAGCAACCACAGAAAGAUCAGUGGAAUGGCCAUAUAGACAAGGUGUUAGAUAUUGAAGAAAAUAUUUGCUGCCCGCAACUUGGCCUGAAAGGGAAAAUUGAUGCUACUUUACAAGUCACUAUACACGACCGCAAAGGUCGCGAACGCAGUACAGUCCCGCUAGAAAUCAAGAGCGGCCGCGCGUCAGUGUCGGCGGAGCACCGCGGGCAGCUGGUGCUGUACAAUAUGAUGCUGAGCCUGCAACGAGGGCAGGACCCAACCACAGCGGCACAGAGCGGCCUGCUACUCUACUUGAAGGAGCGUGUGGACCUCCGCCAAGUGAGCUGCGGUUACCCGGAGAGGCGAGACCUGCUGAUGCUACGGAACCAACUCGUGCGUCACCUUGCCGUUGGACCGCAGGAUAUUGACCCUGAACAAGUAACGGACAUCGAAGAAGCGGUGGGCGUCCUUCAACAGAAGUUGCCAGAGCCGGUGCAUCAUCACAACGCCUGCUCCAAGUGUCCAUACCUCACAAUUUGCUCCCUACAUCUUUGGCACACAGAAGGCCCAAGUGUCUCAGACUCUCAUCCACUAGUUAAACUACGGGAGCAAGCGUUAGGACACCUUACACCUCAACAUAUAGAGUACUUUCUGCAUUGGACGGCGUUGCUUCGUAUGGAGGAGCGAGAGCAGAUGAAAUCCGCGCCUUUACAUGCUCUGUGGACUGACAGUGUCGAGAAAAGGUCAAAACGAGGCACAUGCUCAGCGAAUUUAAAACUAAAAUCAGUAGAAGCAUCCGGAGAUAGAUAUCUUCAUGUAUUUAAUAGACAAGUCAGAGAAAUUGAAACUUUAAAUAGUAAUAGUAAAGCAAUAAGUGGUCCCCAAGAGGGUGAAUUUUCUAUAGUAAGUAUCGACAGUCGACCGUGGAUCGCCGCGGGCGUCAUAGCUGUGGCUAAGGAGAGAGAAAUCGGCAUAAUAUUGGAGAGAGAUCUCAGUCGUAGACUAAGCAAAGACACAUCAUUCCACAUAGAUACGUAUGAAUCGUAUGCUACAACAGUCGCCAAUCUGACAAAUCUUGGCGUUCUGUUGGAAGACAGUGAACGGUCAGCGAGACUUAGAAAAUUUAUAAUAGACAAGGAACCGCCAGGAUGCCGACGUAAAUUGCCUCGUGAAAUAGGUCCACUGGUUCUUGAACUGUUGAAACCUAUGAACAGAGACCAACAGAGAGCUGUGCUGGACGCUCUCUCCGCUCCGGACUACGCAUUACUGCAAGGACUGCCUGGCACUGGUAAAACCCAGACAAUAGGCUUGCUGAUACAGUUGUGUGUUGGACUCAAACAGCGGGUCCUUGUUACUGCGCACACACAUUCGGCUGUCGACACAGUCCUCUCCAGGUUACCAGAAUCAGUUAAAGUUAUAAGGCUCGGUUCCGCGUCUCGCGUGGCAGCGAGUUUGUUACACCGUUGCGAGCAGAACUUGGUUGCCAAGUGCCAAAAUACGAAGGAACUCGAAGAACUGUACGACUCUAUGGAGGUAGUAGGAGUAACUUGCCUAGGAGCGGCGCACGGGAUGCUCGCCCGACGCCGCUUCGACGUGUGCAUCGUGGACGAGGCGACGCAGGUGCUGCAGAGCACAGUGCUGCGGCCGCUGCUGGCUGCUAACAAGUUCGUGUUGGUGGGGGACCCUCGCCAGCUGCCGCCCGUCGUCAGGAGUCGCGCUGCUAGACGUCUGGGCAUAGAAGACAGCUUGUUCCACCGCCUCAUGAACGAGAAUGCAACGACCACGAUGCACCUACAAUACCGCAUGAACCAAGCGCUGACUGAUGUCGCCAACAAAGUGGCUUACAAUGGUAAACUCAAGUGUGCUAGCCACACGGUCGCGCUGGCGAGGGUGGACGUCGACUUCACGAAACUAUUGGAUAAACCGUCGUGGCUGCAAUUGGCUUGUAAUCGAGAGCUAGUUUACGCCGCAAUGUUCAUAGACAUGGUCUCAAUGGACGUAUCUCCCGACAGUGAUAAAACUUGUACUAACAAUGAAGAAGUCUGUGUUGUUAUGGCGUUAGUAGACGCUUUAAUUCAGGGCGGGGUAACGCCAUCAGACAUUGGGAUCAUAGCGCCCUACCGCGACCAAGUGUCGCUACUCCGCCGGGCGACGUCCAACCGGGGUGUAGAGUGCAGCACGGUCGAUCAGUUCCAAGGCAGGGACAAAUCUGUCAUCGUGUUCUCUUGUACUAAGAAAGACGGUCAGGAUGACAGAAAAGUUAAGGAAGGCGAGAUUCUCAACGACCAACGUCGCUUAGCAGUAAGCGUAACUCGGGCAAAGCACAAACUGCUAGUCGUUGGACACUCAAACGCUUUACGACGAUACAUGCCUAUGCAGCGGCUAAUAGAAGCCUGCAGACCACUGCCUUUGGAUAAACAAGCAAUAGAUCAUGUAGUUAAUAAGUAUAAGAAUGAUUUUGUAUGAGACUAUGUAAUUUUGGUACUAAUAAGUGCCUUAUUAAGUUGUGAAGAAUGUACAAUUUUAAUUAUGUAUUUGACUGAAUAUAUUGAUACAGUAUUUUCUA